AUGUCAACUACUCUAUUGAGACAACCCUUCUGUACGGUUGUUCGGCAAAGUAAACAGUCGAGAGUGUCAGGAUUGAAUCUUUUGAGACUAAAAGCUCAAUUACAUAGACAACAUCUAUCACCUUCUUUAAUAAAAUUGCACUCGGAAUUAAAAUUGGAUGAGCUGCAAACGGAUAACACGCCUGAUUAUGUCCGUUUAGUAUUAAGGUCCUCUGUAUACGACGUUAUCAAUGAAUCGCCAAUCUCUCAAGGUGUAGGUUUGUCUUCUCGCUUGAACACGAACGUUAUCUUAAAAAGAGAAGAUCUAUUACCAGUGUUUUCUUUCAAGCUUCGUGGGGCUUAUAAUAUGAUCGCCAAGCUCGAUGAUUCUCAAAGGAACCAAGGUGUUAUUGCUUGCUCAGCCGGAAAUCACGCGCAAGGUGUGGCCUUUGCUGCUAAACACUUGAAAAUACCUGCUACUAUUGUUAUGCCUGUUUGCACACCAUCUAUCAAGUACCAAAACGUCUCCAGGUUGGGAUCUCAAGUUGUUCUAUAUGGUAAUGACUUCGAUGAAGCGAAAGCUGAAUGUGCCAAAUUGGCUGAAGAGCGUGGUCUAACAAAUAUUCCUCCUUUCGAUCAUCCUUAUGUCAUUGCAGGUCAAGGUACUGUAGCCAUGGAAAUUUUGAGACAAGUGCGUACGGCUAAUAAGAUCGGUGCUGUCUUUGUUCCUGUUGGUGGUGGUGGUCUAAUUGCUGGUAUUGGUGCAUAUCUGAAAAGGGUUGCUCCUCAUAUUAAAGUCAUUGGUGUUGAAACUUACGAUGCAGCUACCCUACACAACUCUUUGCAACGCAACCAAAGAACUCCUUUGCCGGUUGUAGGCACUUUUGCAGAUGGUACUUCUGUCCGUAUGAUUGGUGAGGAAACCUUCAGAGUCGCUCAACAAGUGGUAGAUGAAGUUGUCCUUGUUAAUACCGACGAGAUUUGUGCUGCAGUAAAGGAUAUUUUCGAAGAUACCAGAAGUAUUGUGGAACCAUCUGGUGCUCUUUCUGUAGCUGGUAUGAAAAAGUAUAUCUCUACUGUACAUCCUGAAAUCGACCAUACUAAAAACACUUAUGUUCCUAUUCUUUCUGGGGCCAAUAUGAACUUUGAUAGGUUAAGGUUCGUCUCCGAACGUGCUGUUCUUGGUGAAGGUAAAGAAGUUUUUAUGUUGGUGACCUUACCUGACGUUCCUGGAGCAUUCAAGAAGAUGCAGAAGAUCAUUCACCCAAGAUCCGUUACUGAGUUUUCCUAUCGUUACAAUGAACACCGUCACGAGUCCUCUAGUGAGGUCCCCAAGGCUUACAUUUACACUUCCUUCAGUGUCGUUGACAGAGAGAAGGAAAUUAAGCAAGUGAUGCAACAGCUAAAUGCCUUAGGAUUCGAAGCUGUGGAUAUUUCCGAUAACGAAUUGGCGAAGUCUCAUGGUAGGUACCUGGUUGGUGGUGCUUCUAAGGUACCAAAUGAAAGAAUUAUUUCAUUUGAGUUCCCUGAAAGACCAGGCGCGCUGACUAGAUUCCUUGGCGGCUUGAGUGACUCUUGGAAUCUUACUUUAUUCCAUUAUAGAAAUCAUGGUGCCGAUAUUGGUAAGGUAUUGGCUGGUAUUUCCGUUCCACCAAGAGAGAAUUUAACCUUCCAAAAAUUCUUGGAAGAUUUAGGCUACACUUAUCACGAUGAAACUGAUAACACCGUCUAUCAGAAAUUCUUGAAGUAUUGA